AUACACUUGUUAGUGCACGUUUUUAAAACCCAGAAGAAGAAGUUGGUGCGCUAGGAAUUCUGGGUACGACAUUCCCGUGUCAGCCAUAUUGUUUCAUCGUUCUGGUGUAAGGUUAAAGGGGAGAUGAAGGGGAUUCGCGGAAUAAGUCAGUUAUCGACAAGGCUUUACUCAGCCCAGGCUGCCCGGAAGUUGGAUGUUGCUGCUGAGCAUGUCAAGUUUCAGCCUCAGGAUGUGCAGGUGACUAAACUGCCCAGCGGUCUGGUGAUAGCCUCACUGGACAACUACUCCCCGGCUUCCAGGAUCGGUGUGUUUGUGAAAGCUGGCUGUCGAUAUGAGUCCCCGGACAACCAGGGGGUCACCCACCUGCUCCGUCUGGCUGCCAACCUGACUACCAAAGGUGCUUCAGCCUUCAGGAUCUGUCAUGGUGUGGAAGCAGUUGGAGGAAGUCUAGGCGUGACGUCAUCCAGAGAGAACAUGAUCUACUCUGUUGACUGUCUCAGAGACCACAUUGACACAGUGAUGGAGUACCUGAUCAAUGUGACCACAGCACCAGAGUUCAGGCCAUGGGAGGUGUCUGACCUCACCUCCAGGGUCAAGAUGGACAGGGCCCUGGCUGCACAGUCCCCCCAGAUGGGUGUGAUUGAGGGUCUACAUGGAGCUGCUUACAAGAACACGCUGUCCAACUCCCUCUACUGCCCAGACUACAUGGUUGGCCACGUCGACGCUGACCAUAUGCACAAUUUUAUCCAGAACAAUUUCACAAGUGCAAGAAUGGCUCUGGUUGGGCUUGGUGUGGACCACGAUGUUCUGAAGCAGGUAGGAGAACAGUUCCUCAACAUCCGCAGUGGGAUGGGCACCGCUGGGACAAAGGCUCAGUACCGAGGCGGUGAGGUGAGGGUGCAGAAUGGGUCCAGCCUGGUGCACUCUGCAGUGGUGUCUGAGGGGGCGGCGGUGGGCACAGAUGAGGUCAUGGCCUUCUCUGUACUUCAGCAUGUCCUGGGGGCGGGGCCACACAUCAAGAGAGGCUCCAAUUCCACCUCCAAACUCAUCCAGGGCGUUGCUAAGGCUACUGCAGACCCCUUCGAUGCCUCUGCUUUCAAUGUCAACUACUCUGACUCUGGCCUGUUUGGAGUCUACACUAUCUCCCAGUCUGCAGCAGCUGGUGAUGUGAUCAAGGCAGCUAUUGGCCAGGUGAAGGCUGUUGCAAGUGGGGUCUCAGAAGCUGACCUGACCCGCGCCAAGACCCAGCUGAAGGCUGAGUACCUGAUGUCGUUGGAGAGCUCAGAGGGUUUGUUAGAUGCCAUGGGUUCACAGGCUCUGGCCAGAGGGGCCUACCACUCCCCCGAGGCCAUCGCACAGAUGAUCGACUCAGUCUCAGCAACUGAUGUUGCCAACGCUGCAAAUAAGUUUGUGUCGGGCAAGAAGUCCAUGGCUUCAAGUGGAAACCUCGUCAAGACGCCCUUCGUAGACGAGAUCUAAACUCUUCCAACUUUUUUUCACCUGUGGUUUUAAAACGCACAACAAAAGCCCAUCUGUCCAUUCAAAACAAACCGCCUGAAACAGUCAUUAUCCCCAUUUCACCAUUGUUCUUCUGAGGAAUAAUAAUGUUGUCCAACCAACCCUCAAUAUUUAUAGUUGUUGCUGUUUUUAAGUUGAUCUUGAUUGUUUGUGCAUAAGGAAAUAAGAUCCACAUUUGUUCACUUCUUGAACUGUAUAGAUUAUAUAAAUUAAUUAAUAAACUAUAUCUACCUUCAUGUAAAGAUUCA